UCCACUCUAUUUGUUUAUAAACAAUUGGUUUUCCAUUCGUCAGCCAUUUCUAUUUCUCUAUCUCUAUCUAAUUAAUUUUCAUGGCCAAUCAUUACUCUCUUUGCCUUGUAGGAGCCAUGGAUCGUCUUUGGUUUCAUCAAAUAAUUCUCUUCCCGGAACCCAUCUCCCUUCUUUGCCAAACGGCCCUUGAAACGGAUAAACCCUUCUCAAAGUCUCUUCCAUACUCGCCACAAAGCUGCCUCUCUUUACCACCUCAUCAUGAUCUUCAACAUGAACUACUUCCAGAUAAUGAAGAAAUCUCGUCUGCUCCAUCUUCAAUCUCUGAUCCACAGGAUGCCUCAAACAGUGAUGAUGAAGAUGAAGAGAAGGAGAUCCGACAGAAGGAAAGACAGUCAAGAUCGAAUCCCAUCAGAGACAGAGAGAGCUCACAAUAUUCAUCAUCAACAAUAUCUAUUAAUGAAAAACGUCCCAGGAGUCUUACAAAUUCUGCUGCAAUGAGGAAAUUGUAUAAAUCCAUGAGUUGUAAGACCUUGGGGGAGCUUGAACUUGAAGAAGUUCAGGGUUUCAUGGAUCUAGGUUUCAUAUUCAAGAAAGAACUCGUAAGCCCAAGAAUGAUGAGUUUAGUCCCAGGAUUGCAGAGGCUUGGGGAAUAUAAAGACCAAGAACAAAUUAGCACCAAAUUCAUUAUUGAUGAUGCUGAAGUAGUCAAAGAUGAUGAAAGUGGAGAAUUAGGAAAAGAGAUCAAGAGAGUUAUAAAGAGACCAUAUUUAUCCGAGGCAUGGUUUAUAAAAAGACACGAUUCGCCACUUUUAAAUGUAAGGAUAGCAAGGGCCUCCACGGCUGCUGACAUGAAGAAAAAUAUUAAGUUCUGGGCUAGAAAUGUUGCAAUAUCAGCACUUCCGGAUUAAUCUUAGUCGAAAGUAGUUCAAUCCCACGUACAAUAGUAUAUAAGUACUGUUGCAUCAGUACUGAUCAGGUACAUGAUGAGGAUAAUUCCGAUUCUACUAAAUAUGUGUGUGUGUGUGGGGAGGGAGAGAGAGAUCAGAGAGUCCAAUCUCGAGAGCUGUUGAGUUUAACAGGCAACUGCAACUGUGUAUUCGAAUAAGUUGUCUUAAUUUUUUCGUUGUUUAUAUAUAAUUGCUUGGAUAAUGUA